UACCGCAAAUCUACAGCACGUUCCAAGUAAGCCCUGGGCAGCAAUCUCACGAUAGGAAGGUCCUCAAUCCUGACCACUCACGAUUGCAGAGUACGGUACCUUACCUUUCAAACGGAAUUUCCCCAGAUUUCAUCAUGGCCACUGGAUUGCCCGCCGGAUGGGAGGUCCGCCAUUCCAACAGCAAGAACCUGCCGUACUACUUCAACCCCAGCAACAAGGAGUCACGGUGGGAGCCGCCAGCGGGCACCGACAGCGAGACGCUGAAGCACUACAUGGGACAGUAUCACACUGCCAACCUCCGCCCGGACGGGGCCGCGCAAGCCAACCUCGAGGGCAAGAUCCGAUGUGCGCACCUCCUGGUGAAGCACAAGGGAUCGCGGCGGCCUUCCUCGUGGCGUGAAGCCGACAUCACCCGGUCCAAGGAUGACGCCAGCAACAUCAUUCGUGGGUACGAGAGCAAGAUCAAGAAUGGUGAGACGAGUCUCGGUGAUCUUGCGGUCACCGAGAGCGAUUGUAGUUCCGCACGUAAGCGCGGUGAUCUUGGCUUCUUCGGCAAAGGUGACAUGCAAGCCGAGUUCGAACAGGCAUCAUUCGCCCUCCAACCAGGGGAGGUGUCGAAGAUCAUUGAAACGCAAUCGGGACUUCACAUCAUCGAGAGGCUGGAGUAAUGUCGGCGUUACAUGGCAGAUAUGCAGUAGCUUGGCAGGUGGUGCAGGUGUUCCGCAUAUGCCUCACGUGAGAGUCGGAAAGAUUAGGAUAUGAGACUCUUGCAUACCCCGAUAUACCGUGGUCGAUUCGGGAGUAAUAUCGCACUGCCUCAGGAGAACGAGUCGGUCCGCAAGCAUCAUGGCUUGAGGUACCCGCAUUCAUGGUACCGAUGCGCCUUACAAGCACACGUUUCUUUGUUGUCGCAUGUUCCUUGUACCUGUCAGCACAACCUUUUUCUCUCAAACAGGGUAGGAUGCCUGGCAUUGCCUGCCUAGUCGUCAGCAAGACAGUGGCUUGUACAGUACGUACAAACUCUCUUUUUCGG